UUUUAGGAAAUAAUAUAUAUUUCACUCAUUACAUAUAUGGCAAACAGAUCACACAUGCAUACACACAGUUGCAUAUUACUGCUCACUUUUCACUCUCAGAAAUGUUGACUACACUAAAUGUCAGUAUCAUUAAUAUUAAAUAAUGUAAGAAAGUAUACAAAUUUCAAACGUUAUUACAGUGUAAUACCCCUCAUUAAAAAUAAUCAUUUAAAUAAAUUACACAUCUACUAUGAAACUGAAUUUGUUGACUUAGUUGUAUGGUCUUAAAUUUUGGUCAGUACUCGUCAUAAGAUUUUUGGGUUAGGGUUUAGCUUCUGGGGAUUCCAACAAUCAGUUUUCACAGAGACUCCCUAAUGCAUGCUGUUUUGAAUUGCUCAGCCUGAGAAUCCCCAUGACCUGCUGAAUGGCUCCCUGAAAAAGCCAACAGCAGGCAACUCUUGAGAGAAGCGCCAGGUUUGCCAUCAUGGAUUACAAUGUGUGUCGGGACAGUGGCGAUGGAAAUAUUAGUCAGUGUUGGAUGAAGCUUGAUAAAAUCCUUUUACGGUGGCGUCGUGUUAUUCUCUUUGUGGAAACGCGUCCAUUCGCAACAAAGCUAGCUGUUUAUAGUACACAUUGACUUCCGAAAUGAAACAUGCAUUGGGAAUCCAUUUCCCUGAUUUUGCCCUGACUCCAAAAUACACAAAACCUCUAAUCUGAAAUGCCAGGGAUUAACCAUCGCGCAAACUCUCUAUAAUUCUUCUUAUCCCCUCCCCCUUCACAUCCCUCUCUCUCUCUCUAUCUCUCACUCCCCUCCUUCUGCCGGGCUUGUCCCAUUUAGGCCAAAAAGCACCGUGAUUGAGAGGCCGAAGCAGGGAAGGUGGGUGGGGUGGAUUAGAUUAAGUUGGUACAAAUUCAAGAGAUCACUUGUGGUGAGAGGGGUGGCGGCUAAAGAGGCAGAAAAAAAAUGUGGUGAGUGAGGGAGAGGUUGAAAAUGGUUGAGUCAUGCAAUCAGAGCCCACUUGGCAGCAGGUUGCCUCUGACAUGACCACGCUCAUCAGCCACACCCCGUCACUCACCCUCCUGGAACUUUGAUUUUAGGAUUCAAUGCAACUUCACACGCUUUGAAUUGAUGACAGAGGUUCAGUUCCGUCCUGCCAGAUGUGGUGAAAAUAGAAGUGGUGGAAGAUGGACUGCAAAUGAGGUGGAAGGCUUUCGAUCUCUGGACUUUAAUGUGACUUCUGAACAGGACAUUUUUACCAGAAAGGGGGUGUGAGAGGGUGAUGGGAAAUGUCAACAAGGCGUCUAAAAAGAGGAGUAAAAAGAUGAAGGGGGCGACCCCAGCAGACCGGAGCGUCAGCAGCCCGUUGGAAGCGGCCAUGUUAGCUCACCUGGGAGACGGAGGUGAGGUGGAAGCGGAAGAAGAGAAGGGCGAGUUCAUUGAUCCGGUGUGCGCUCUGGUUAAGAACUGCAACAUGCUGCACAACAUAGUGGGACCGGCGUGCAUCUUCCUCAGGCAGAGCUUUGCACAGAGCCAACUUGACAGAGAUCUGCGACCAGAAGAGAUGGAAGAGCUUCGUGAGGCGUUCCGGGAGUUUGACAAAGACAAAGACGGCUUCAUCAGCUACAAGGACCUGGGCGAGUGCAUGCGGACGAUGGGAUACAUGCCCACAGAGAUGGAACUCAUCGAGCUCAGCCAACAGAUCUGUGGCGGAAGAGUUGACUUUGAGGACUUCGUGGAGCUGAUGGGACCGAAGAUGCUCGCUGAGACUGCAGACAUGAUCGGAGUCAAGGAGUUGAGGGACGCUUUUAAAGAGUUUGACUCCAAUGGAGACGGUCAGAUAAGCCUGGCGGAGCUGAGGGAGGCCAUGAAGAAGCUGAUGGGAGAGCAGCUCAACCACAGAGAGAUUGAUGAAAUCCUGCGUGACGUCGACCUCAACGGUGACGGUCAGGUGGACUUUGAGGAGUUUGUGCGGAUGAUGUCUCGCUGACUUCACUGAUGCAGACCGAACUUCUUGCUGCUCUUUACUGGAAUUUUUCUUCAUGUACAAAGACUUGUUCCUGUCUCCCCUGUGUCUGUGUUUGAGUGACUUCACUAUUUCCAGGGACAAAAAAACCCUCUUCUUACUGUUGUACGAAUGUAUAAUGACAUUUAUUCAGAGAUUAUGACCAGUGGCGGUUGAUGAAAAACCCGACUGUUGCACUAAUGAAUGCUACCUCUCCACAAACAUCUGGUCAUAAUCAUAAUUAAUCUCUUAACCCAAUUAUAGCACCCCCAUCUCAACUGCUAUGCUACAGUGAAACAUGUUAUAUUGAAUGGAAUGCACCAUGGAGUCAGCAACACAAACUUUCAACAUGGAUACUGAUAUAUUAUUGUAAUUAUAUAUUUACUCAAACCAAUCGGUGAAAGCUUAGGGUGAAGACGACCUCAAUGUAUACUAUAUAUAUAUAU